GUGGCGCCGGAGAUGUUUUAGCGCGCGGCAGCCCAGUAAGUGCAGGUCUGCCUCAUUGCACUGUGUGCGUUGGCUCCGUUUUGUGGUGUCAUGCUUGCGCCUGCGUCUGGCUACGCGGCACCUUUUGGCCCCAAGUUUGCCUUGGCGCUGGUGCCCGCAUUUCGGACAUACGAAGUCAGUGGGGAACGUGCCCGCAGGAAUGUCAUCCUGCGGCCUUCGGCGUUUCCAAUUUGUGAGCACCCUUCUUGCGUCACGGAACCUUCGCCAGUGUCCCGGGGCUGGGUCUGUGCGGGCAAACCGUUUCUAA